ACGUCUUUGACACACAUCGGUGUUGCAAUUCGGAUGGUACUUCAAUGAAAGCGAUGCCCAUACAACGCGGCCGUGCAGCUCUAGAGAUUUGCGUCAUCUCACCGUGCGCCGCGCACAAAGGCUGCAUUUCGCCGCCGUAACCUCAUGAAAAGGGAUUGAGAUGACCAGACAGCCCAGGGCUACAAGCUGCGUUGGCCACGAAUCGCAUGACCCACCGAUCGGGUCGCCCGCCUGGAACGAAGUGUCGGAACAUGACUGCGAGAGAUGUGGAGGACGGGCAAGGGGCACAGAUGUUCACGCGUCAGCAUGACCAGUUUCUGAGAGCGCGGCGAGGUGGCUCGAGAUUUACGAAAAAUACAAUUAUGGCGAGGAAUCGGCAAGCAAUAUUCGUUGGCAAACCUUCAAUAGACCACUCGAGCUGCCGGGUUGUCGACAUCGCACAUAGCAACUGGACGGGAGAAGCCCAUGCGACUCCGGCAUCGUACCGGAAAACGCCAUCAACCAGGUCUCGGCGUGAGAAGGAACAAGAGUCACAUAUAAGAGGAGUGAAGAUUGAUUCAGGAAAUGCCCAUGACAUCUUAACAACAACAUCCAUUAUUGCACCUGCAGCCUGCACGGCAGCCGUUCAGGACACAUCUCAAAGCAAAAAGCACAAGAAAAGUCAAACGCGAUUGGGACAACACAGCCCAACGGGUAGAUGAAAGAUCAAACAGAAUUGCAAACUAUGUGACGCAGUGCCUUCCCAGUCAAACCGUAACUCCGAGGGUCACUCAAGUGCCCUAGCCACAGUCCGCCCCUUUACCACCAGAAAAUGCAAACAGAAUAAUGC